AUGUACCUAGUUCCGGAUCUACUUGAAGAAAUUUACCUUCGACUGCCCGUGAAAUCAAUCCUCAGAUUCAAAACCGUGUCAAAACAAUGGAGAUCGAUUCUGGAAUCGAAGGAGUUCUUAGAGAAGCGUAUGAGUCUCCAAAAGAACCACCGGAAAAUCCUGGCCGCUUGCAGCAAGUGGCCAAGUCUCCUCUCCAAGCCGCAGUUCGUAGGUGACCAAGAGAUCGUCAAUGUGCCCUGCCACGCCGCACGAUGGAUGACUUGCGACGGUUUAGUCUGCUUCCCUGGACCAGAUUGGAUCGACGUUGUAAACCCUUCCACCAGACAAUCCCAACGAUUCCCUUCCGGCUUAAACCGCCGUCGAGACAAAAGAAUAUUUUCUUUCGAAGGAUAUCCAUACUAUACAGAUUGGGCAAUGGGAUUCGGUAAAGACAAAGUUACAGGAAGAUAUAAAGUAGUGACGAUUUGUUUUCCUAAAACUGGACGACGGGCUCGUGUGAUGCAAUGUAGUGUUCUUGAUGUUGAAACUAGUACAUGCCGAGAUGUGAAUGCACCUAAUUAUUUGGACCUUGUGGGAAUCACAUCAGCCUAUGUGAAUGGAUCGAUCUACUGGUUUUACUAUGGGACUCAUAGUUACAAAUUACUAGCCUUUGAUCUUCACAAAGAAGAGUUCCAUGAUGUUGUCUCAGUUCCGGAUCCGUUGAUACCAUACGACGCUGAGAUAGUGAAUCUUAUGGAACGUUUAGCCAUAGCCACAACGAAAGUAGUUGGGUCUGAAUGGAUACUAGAGAUAAUGAGCAUGGACGUAGAAGAGGAAAUAUGGAGCAAGACUUACUCUAUAAGUUUAUCCAAUAUAGAUGUUUGGCGGGAAUACCAGCAUCCGUGGUACACGCCGGUAAAUGUUUCUGAGGAAGGGAAUCUUGUCUUUCAUGAUAAUCGCAUGAGACUGUUCAAAUAUUAUCAAGGGAAAGAUGAGGUUUGUUGUCUCUCUUCAGACAUUUGUGUUAUAUCUUCUUACUCGGAGAAUUUGGUUCGACUUCCUUCAGAAUCAAGAAGCCCUGAUCUAGGAUUUGCCGUCCUGCGAUGGAUCCAGCAGCAGCUAAUUAAGAGUGAUACGAUCAAGCAAACCCAACAUAGCAUUUUCAGCGCAAUCCAUCUAGGAGAGUACUUCUUGAUUUUGGUGGUUCCUCUCUGCAAAAGUCGUCGUCUAGGGCUGGGUAAGAUUGCAGAAACAGAUCCGACUACAGCAUUUUUCGCAGACUACAAUGAAGACCUCCUUCAGAGGAACGAAGAGCUUAAAGCCAAAGUUGAUGCUUUAGAAGCUUCCAAAGUAGAAACAGAAGAGAGGCUGUCUAGUACACAAGAGGAGCUCACCACUACAAAGACUCAAGUCUCAAAAAUGGAUGCGUUUAUGAGAACUCAGCUACCGCCUCUUCUGGAUUCGUCCUUAACCGCUACAAGCUCGCAUCCAGCUCAGCAUCAAUCCUUUAGCUCCGUUAAGCUCCGCUUAGCUCCGCUACAUGUCCGUCCAUACGUCCUGAUGCACUUCUUGACUGAUUCACGAUCUGCGUCAAACCAGUUGCAUCUUCAAUCUGUCGGGAAUCAACCGACGAAACCACUUGUCAAAAUUCUCUCACUUAUGUGUACAGACAGUUUAACGACGGAAAACCAACGCUAUAAAUGUCCUUGGAAACCCGUUGGAAAAUGGGUCUCUCGCAAAUCGUUCGGAAAUUUCUGA